AUGGCAGGUAAAGAAACAAGACACUACGGAAGGGAUACAGUUAAUGCUCAUAGCAAUACCUACAAACAAACUUUCCCAAAACGUACAUUAACGUCCUCAUUAGAAAACGAGGCAUUCAAAGCAGCCAACAGUAUGGUGGUGAAAAGUACUCAAGAGACAUUGUAUUCAUGUGCAACUGUAUGUGCAAACGAGGAAAAUUGUUGCUCUGCCAGUUUUAAAACUGAAUCACAACAAUGUGAUUUGUUCCGAUCAUGUUGUACUUCGGAGGACCAACUACUAGAAAUUGAAGGAGUACAUGUCGUCAAUAAGACUCCAAUGCCAGUUGACUGCAGUUCCCUUCCUCCCGACUCUUGUAGCGGAGUGUAUACCAUCCAAACCGAGACCGGAAUGAAAAUUGACGUAUUUUGUGAAAUGGAGAUUGAUAACGGUGGCUGGACAGUAAUUCAAAGACGAUUUGAUGGUUCCACAGAUUUCUAUAGAAACUGGGAUGACUAUAGAAUUGGAUUUGGUCUCGUUGCUGGGGAACAUUGGCUUGGAAAUAACUACAUUCACGCCAUAACGCGACAAAGAUCCUACAAAGUUCGAUUCGACCUAGAAGAUUUUGAAGGACGAACGAAAUAUGCCAUCUAUACUGUGUUCAGUAUUAAUAACGAAGGAACAAAUUACACACUUAGUAUAGAGGGAUUCAGUGGAACUGCAGGAGAUUCUAUGAAACUUGAUGAUGGAAUAUCCAAUAAUGGUAUGAUGUUCAGUACACGUGACCGCGAAAAUGAUCUGUUGGAGGGUAAAGAUUGUGCUGCUAGAAAGGGAGGGGCCUGGUGGUAUAAUCAUUGUACAGGGGCAAAUAUUAACGGCAUAUAUGGCAGGAAUGCAGCUGAAAGAUCCAGUGUCCAUUGGAAAGAAUGGCUAGGUGAAACUCCAUUGAAAAAAACAAUAAUGAUGAUUAAGCCGAACUUUUAA